UCUAGGACAUUGAUCUGAUUGAUAUCCUGUGGAGACAGGACAUAGAUCUGGGCGCUGGGAGAGAGGUUUUCGACUACAAUUACAGACAGAAGGAAAAUGAGCAAGAAGAAGAAGAGCAGAGCAAGAAGAAUGAAGAGAAAGACAGAAAUGAGAGGAGUGGAAUGCUGCAUGGGACUGUUCAAGUGGAUGGGGAGACAGGAGAAAAUGUUCCCAAUCAGGUGCCAGAGUUGACAGAGCAGACUGCACCUUCCUUUGAGGAAUGCUUGAGGCUUCUGGAUGAAACAUUCUCAUUUGGGGAGGAUUCGGAGUUUCCAGAAGCCGUGUCCUCAGUGCUGAAUGAGGCCAUAGACAAUGCUGUGCCCAGCACCAGCGACAGCCUGACUGCAGGCUCGCAGAUGACCCUUCUUCCACCUCUCUUGAGGCCAGAGACUCCUUUAGAUUUAGAACAACAGUGGCAGGAUCUCCUGUCCCUCAUGGAGCUACAGGACAUGGAGGUGACUGACAGUACAACAUCUGCAUAUAGUAAUGACUCUGGGAGCGGCAGUGCUGAUGUGCCCACAAAUUAUAACCAAACUCCUGUCACAGCCAUCAAUCAAGAUGUGAGUCUGCACAAUGCCACCUUGCCUCCUUGUGGCCAGGACUUCCCUCCCUUCUUCAAUUCAAACUUGGAGAACCCUUCUGUGGAUGGUGGUCCCAGUCUCCAACAACUGGCAGCCACCAACUCCACCAACUUUGAUGCCGCCUUUGGUUCCACCAAUUUCACAGGGAUGUUCUUUCCUCCUCGGAUUAACGGGACUAGCAAUGAGACUUCUGGCUCCAGCUUCCCGGACCCUCUGUCUGGCCUGCUAGAUGAGGCGAUGCUUGAUGAGAUCAGCUUUAUGGACCUGGCCAUGGAAGAAGGAUUUGAUCCGAUGGAGGCCUCACAGAUUGAGGAGGAGCUGGACUCUGAUUCUGGCCUCUCCCUUGAUUCAAGUCACAGCCCUGUAUCUCCGAGCAGCUCUGAAUCCUCAACCUCCUGCUCUUCCUCUUCUUCCUCCUCCUCCUCCUCUUCGUUUUACCAGGAAGGGGCAGUUGGAUACAGCACUGAUUCAGAAACUGCGGACUCUGAAGAACUUGAAAGAGAGGGUGCGGUGGGAGGUUAUCAACCAGAAUACAGCAAGUUCUGCCGAAUGAGUUACCAGAAUCCGAACUGUUUCCACUCGCUGCCUUACUUAGAUCAAGUCAACCACAACCACACUUAUAACCUGCCAGCUGGACCAUCUGUCUCCAGUCAACAGUAUCACCCUGGCCCUGGAAAGAAAGCGCCAAUAAAAGAAACUCAUUCCAAUCGCGUGGAUAUACACAUGGGCCGUGACGAGCGUCGGGCCAGGGCACUGAAGAUCCCGUUCUCCAAUGACAAAAUCAUCAAUUUGCCCGUUGACGAGUUUAAUGAGCUUCUAUCCAAGUAUCAACUCACUGAUGCCCAGCUGACUCUAAUCCGUGACAUCAGGCGCCGUGGGAAAAACAAACUGGCGGCUCAGAACUGCCGUAAGAGGAAGCUCGACACCAUCCUGAAUCUGGACCACGAUGUGGAUCACCUGAAGAAGCAGAAGGCCAGGCUGCUGAAGGAGAAGGUGGAAUUUGUCAAGUCCUUACGGCAGAUGAAGCAGAAGCUGCAGGAGCUUUACCAGCAGGUCUUUGGCCGCUUGCGGGACGAGGAGGGAAGGCCUUACUGCCCAAGCCAGUACUCCCUGCAAUACACCAAUGAUGGCAGUGUGCUCAUCAUGCCUCGGGCUCUGAUCGCUCAGCAAGGAAAAUCAGAUAAGAAGAAGAACAAUAAGAAGAAAUGAAAUCUGCAGCCAGCCCUGGUGUCUGGCUUUCAACUGAACUAGAGGAAGGAACUCAGCGAGAGGCAGCGCCUCCAGAAAGCUGCUGCUUUUACAAAUAGACAACUGACAAUUCGCACCUUCUCAUAUUUGAAAAUAUCUUGCAAAUCUGACACCUGCAGGUCAGUUAGGAUGGAACAGUAACCCAGGAGGGUCAGUGACAGGGCUGUAUGGAUUGAGUUGGUAGUUUGAUUUUGACCACAGCUUAAGAAUCAACAAGUGUCUUUCCAUUCCUGUUGUGACCCUAUUGGGAUGGGCAGGUGUAUGCACUUGCGUGUCUGGUUGGAGGGAGGGGUGGAAGAGUUUGAUUUAGCUGUUGUCUCUCUGAUUGAGACACCCUGGCUGUGGGUAACAAACUGCUUGGCAAAAUCAAUAAGGUUUUUUUUUGUUUAAAAGCCUCUCUGCUUCACACACAGUUUACAAACACAAGCAAGAAACUGAGUUCAGUUGUUACUUGAAUAUUUCCCUUUUUUUAAAAACAAACUAAGGAUGUGAUGGGUGAACCAAGGGUGUUUGUUCACAGGCAUUUUUCACUUAACAGCUUUAAGACAACUUCAAAGCAUGUGUUUUGAAAUCAAGGGGGUAAAGGUUACUGAUUAGGGGUUGUAUAGACAAGGUGCAGUUUCAUAAAGACCAUUUCCUGUCUGAGACACUGCUACUUGCCGAGUCUCUGGCCUGCCAUUCCUAGCAUGACCUUGCUCUGCAGACAUUUUUGCCAAGUGGUAAAUUUCUGGCACGAUUUGAAGAGACAAUCCACUUCAAGCCCUCAUGCAAUGGCUAUGUUUAUUAAGUGCAGAACUCGAGCCUUGCAAAUUUAGUCUUAUUUAUAUCAAACACACUACACCCUAACCCUGAUUGCCUUGCACUCCAUACAGUCUGGGGCAGCUGGAUGGAAAUGCCCGUAAUUCCUUUCCGGAAGAGGCUAUUAUGAAAUUUGAAUUGAGGUGGGGCCCAGGCAGUUGUUGCUGCAUUUGAUCCGUCAGCUACAGCCCACCCCUCCACAAUUCCUAAGUUCACCCUGAUUAGAUGGGGCAAUUGACAAUUAGGAUUUGAGACCUAAGGCAGUUGGUUACUUGCUAAUGUGUGAUGCAGCUAUGGUGCAGGUUAUUAAACAGAACAAAGAAUAUUACAGGAGUAUCGUGAACAGGAAACCAUGUGGCCACCCAGAUUUUCAAUGUGAUACACUAAGUGAGAUGAAUUUGUUCUCACUGCCCUCCUCCAACUCCUUCCCAACAUCAGAUAUUUUCUGCUGCCUGUAUGGAAGGAGGGAGGCAGAGUGUUAGCUGGAGAUGGGGGAAGGGGCAUGGAAAAAGAGAUGGUUCUUAGAGCUUUCUCAAAGACCGAAUAAAAUUAUGCUGAAGAGCAUUGGGGCUAUCCUUUGUUUUCCCUAUAUAGUUAGUGAAAUCUGGAGAUCUUUGAGGGACCCUCUACUGUUCCCUUUCCUCCACUCAGUGCUGUGAUUUAAUGGGCUAUUUGGUGUCUCCAGAUCCCCAUUUUUUUGUGCACCAAAAGCAUUGAGUGCAGCUCUUCCUUUAUGGAUUCUUGGUGCAAUAUAUAAUCUAUUGACGGGUUGCUGCUUCAUGUGUGCCUCUAAAUCCCAGCCUUUCCCUCCUUCGCCUGCUUUCUUUUAUUUUUUGUGCCUGGUCUAUCAGCCAAGGCUGAUAGACUCGUAGUCCUGCUGUGCUCAGGAGGUCACUACAUGGGGAUCUGCAAGACUGAAGCACACCAUUUUUGAUGAUUUAGUCAGUACAUGUUUUUGAAAUGUAGUAUGUUGGGUUUAGAGUGGGGAUGGGGGACUUUCUAUACUAGAUUAGCUCUGAAGCAGAAAUCAGAUGGUUAGUGCAGAUUUUACGAACAUGCUUGGUCAGGAUAUUUGUCGUCCUCGAUUUUAUAUCCUGGCACUUGCAGUUUAAUUGGAAUGAAUGCUAACACCAUUCUGUGUUGAAAACCUCUGCUGUUUUAAUGGAGGGUAAAAUAAAUGGAAUACUAUCCCUAAUGCAAGACGCACUCUGUAUAAAGGGGGAAAGGUGUUCAAAGAGCUUUCAGACUUAUCAAAGGCCUAGGAAAUCUGAGCGCAGUUCAAUCUGAAAUUGUUAGUCAAGGAAGAUAGUUCAGGUUGGAGUUAUUAUUGCUUUGCAGAGUGGAAAACAUUUUACACUUUUGAUCACAAACUGUUAUCAAACUAACUAGCUCAGGGUUGUGUAACAUCAUGGUGAUUUAGAGAACGCAGAAAAUGAGAAGUGUUCUCGGAUCAUUUCCAUGGUUUAUCGAUUGGAAUUGGAGAUGAGUAAAAUGGUUCAUUCACAACAAAAGGAUACUGAGAGUCUGCAGGAUGUGUGCGUGUGUGUGUGUUGGGGAUAUUUUGGUUGCAUGUUUGACCUGAAUCCUGUCACCUUGCACCUCGAAAGGUGACUAUUUCUGUGAAGAUGGUGAGUAAGCACUGCAUUCUGACCUUUCUGACUGGUGGCUAGUGUGGAGAUUUUUAAGAACCAGCUUUUGGCUGCAGCUCAUGUUAAUCAUACUCCAAAUACAGAAACCUAUAAUCUUCAGACAGGUUGGCUACAACUCCCUGUAUGUUGGCAGAUGAUGCGCCCAACCUCUGGUAUUGACUGAACCAUUUAUAUAAUCUCACUGGCCCUACAUUUCCUGCAUGGCAUGAUCAGUUGUGAUGCAGUAAACAUCCAAAACACUCUGAAUGUCAAGAUUCAACUCGUCCUUCACUUUAGCAGGGUAAGCAGUAAGAAAGGAGACUUGUGAACAAUAGGCAGACAUUAAUAGAAGUGGCAUCCUCCACCUGAUUCCAACAUUUAUCCAGUGGAUAAAUCCAGUGGAUCUCAAGAAAUGCUGACAAGAUCCUGGGUCAGGUGAUGCUGCAGUUUUCCAUUAACUUGUUAGUUUACUCCAUGUUCAGUAAUUAAUUUCUAACAUAACCUCCCCUUAAUUUGUGCCUGAAUAAAAGAUAAAUAGAUUUGAAGUUCAUAACCAACAUUUAUCUUUACAGGGAACAUACCAGGUGUGACUUUGCAUUUUAAUUACAGCUAAUUUCAAGUGAUCUCUUGAUUCUUGAGUAAGAUGCGUUGCACAAAGUGCUCAGUCCUUCGGCCCCUGUGGUCGGGAUGUAAUUAGUCAGAGCCAGGAUGUGUUGGUAUCUGAUAGUCCUGAGCUGCGUCUAAUACUGCAGUGGGUGUUUUACAACAUAACUGUUGCAGCUUUACCUGAAGUUUGCAGCUGGGACCUUUUUUAGUCAGACUCUGGCUCCCUCUACUGCUGCUAUGUUAAAUUUUACAUGCACUGCAUUUUUCUUCCCUGAAUGCAGUUUGUCUCUCAAAACCCGUGAGUUAGAGACAUAUUUAACAAGAGAGCUCACACUGGGAAACAAGUUCUGACCCUUUGGCAGAGGAGAUGGACAGCUGUAAUUGAACUGGAACAUGUCCAUUAAGAAUUGGCAAUGCAAUACCAAACUGAAGGUCAAUUUUCCCCAUAUCCUGUUCGUGCCUGAUGUGUUGCACAGUCUUUGGUGUUGUCAGGCUGCUGCAAGAUUGAGCAUAGUGCACAGGUUAAAAUCCCUGCUGCAUUUUAUGGAGUUGCAUAGAAUGUACUGCUCAGAAACUGAUCCAUGCCAGGGUUUAUGCUCAAUCCAAGUUCUUCUAAUUUCACCUUUCAUCAUAUCCUUCAAUUCAUUUCUCCCUCAAUAUUUUUAGCUUCCCCUUAAAGACAUCAUGACUUUAACCAACUUAACAUUGGAAUUGCUAAAAUAGAAGAAGGAACUUUGAAGAUCUGAAAGAAAAACAAAUUGCUGGAGAAACUCAGCAGGUCUGGCAGCAUCUAAGGAGAUAGAGAAUCACAAUUAACAUUUCAAGUUCAGCAGCCCUUCUUCAGAUUCUUCCUCUGAAGAAGGGUUGCUGGACUUGAAAUGUUAAUUGUGUUUCUCUCUCUCCACAGAUGCUGCCAGACCUGCUGAGUUUCUUCAACAAUUUCUGUUUUUCUGUAUGAGUUGCUAAGUAUUGUAGACAACUUCCUCUAGGUUUUUGACUGUUUGGUGUCUGGUUUUCCAUAAGGCAGGUGUUUAAUUUGGGACAGCAACGUCCAUAUUAAGUUGACUGUGCUAAUUUUUUUUUUAGCAGAACAAUACAGUCAGUGGAUAGGCAAGUUCUCAAUUCUUGCAAACAAAGGCUGAAUGAAGCUCAAAAUUUCAAACACAGAUUCAGUACCUGAAGAGAUGCAGACAAGAUGACAACCAUGUUGCUGCAUUCUGCCUGUUGGUCUGCAUUCUAAAACACUGCCAGCAUUUACUUUGGAGCUAAAGCAGAUUUCUAAUCCUUUACAUGUUCCCAUUUGCUUAAAAAUGAAAUAAUCGAGGUUUUGAAUGCUCUAAAUUGCGCUGAGAGGUCAUAAACUGGCAUGAGGUGUGUCAAGCCUGUCUGUUAAAAUUAGUAUAUUCUCUGAUCAUACCGUUCCAAAUUUCAGUGCCCAGGGACAUUGGUCUGCCAUCGUUCCCAGGUGUCGAUUGCCAAAGAACAGGGGCAGUGUUUCUAGAAACUGAAAUCAUGGCUAAAGCUGACUCUGCACAUCUGGUUAGUUCUGAGGUGGUUUCUAAUAGCACCUACUCAACGUUUGCUCAGAACAGAUUACUGAGGAGCCUUGUACUCCCAGCUAUGUGUGAGAUUGUUUCCUUCAGUUGUGUAUAAACUUAUCACCAGCCUCUGCAGAAUAACCAGUUAUCUUUUUUUUUGUUUUUUGUACUUAUUUAUGUUAAGUUAUAGAUGAUGGAGUCUCUCUUCUAUUUAAUUGUUUGUUUCCUGUCAGAUUUGUGCAGAUAUCUAAUGUUGCCUAUAACAAAUGUCUUUUUCUCUUGGCUUGGCAGGGAAUCUCUCAAAUCUGUUGUAUAUUUUUCUUUACAUGAAAACUUGCAGCAAACCAGGAUUGUUUGGGGAGGGAAAUUCAAUAAAUUAAUUCUAUUUUCA